UUAGCCAGGCGGGUGACUCGGCCGGCAAGCCACAGAGUACCGUGCUCAUUGCUAACUGUGGCAAAUGGCAGUAGAGAGCGAGAGAGAGAGAAAGCGAAAGGGAUGGUAGCCAACGGCAAACCUUUUUUUUAGUUUCGUUUUUAGCUUCGGUUGCCCUAUUGUGUUUGCCCUAUUUUGUUGUUAGUUCCCCCGGCGGGGUGGGGCAUCGGUUACCGGUAGUAGUCGUAGUAGCUCUAGUAGUAAUAGCCAAAGCGGUACAAGGUUGGAGCGGAAAUCAACCUUUGCGGAGAGAGGUGAACGAUUCUAUUGUUUGUUAAUUGUGCGUUAGCGAAAUCGUUUCGGACAGCGAGAGAGCAAGGCUCACCGACGCCCCUAUAAACGCGACGCGAUAUGUUUUUAAAACAUCCUUGCGUCUGCGCUAUUUAUCUGCGUUAGUUAGUGCCGACGGAUUGCGGCGUGCGAUCGCGUAUAUUUUGUUCCUAUCUAUGCUUUAAUCUGAUCCUCACGACACGACACGGCAACCCUUCCCCUUCGACACAUUACCCUUAUUGUGAGCGCACGAAACAGGGAUCCGAUCCGAGUAGGGCACCCCGGACACAGCGAUCGUUAGGCCGGUAGCGAUCGGUAGCUUUCGGCGACGUAUCGGUGUAUAGUAGCGAAUAGAAUGGUACUUUGGCCACUUCCACUGUAACGAUCACAGAACACGGAAUAAGAGACACACACAGAAACACAAGCAACGUACACUUUAGAGAGAUAGCGAACGGAGGCCUUCCCAGUGAGCCGGAGCGAAUCGUAACCACGAAAAGAUAGCACGCAUGCGACCAUUUGUGGUGACGAUCGUAAAAAGAAUGCCUAUAUAUAUAUAUAUAUCUAUCAACACAAUUGAUAAAGCUAACCACAAUACAUUUUUAACACGUACGCGAACACACUUUAAACCGGAAAGGAAACGCGGAAAACGAUGCCACCGAUGAGGAACAGGGAAUGCGGAUUGGUUCCCCACAGUUAAAAGGCGCAAGCGGAUGACCGUCAACCAGCCACACACGCACACACACACAAACACAAAAGUUCUUCCUUCGGUCGGACGAGGAAGAUACUAGAGACAAAUGGAAACGGAGCGCGGCAGAGGGCAAUCAUUGAAAACGGAGCGAAAACGAAGCGACUGGCCAUUCGGGCGGGAGCAAGGAGCAAGCAAACCAAACCACAUCAUAACGCUCUGAACGUUACCGACGGAAGCGGAGCGGUCACGCAAGGCUGCAAGGCGCGUAAUCGUAAGAAACGGGACACAUUUUAAUAGUGAUGCAACGCGAGCACCGCACUCAAGCGAGCCGAGAGCUAAAUAUGUUUCAACAAAUAAAACUUACGUAGUACUAUAUAAGGAACGCAGGAACGCUUGGUCAAAAGAAAAGAGCAAGCAUCCCAUAAAAGAGCGGACGGAAACAGAAUUUAAUGAGUUUAAAACUAAAUCAAACGAAAAAGAAACAAACAGAGGAAAACAAACGGUAAACAAAACUACAAGACGAAACAAGAAGUUAAACAAAGCAAACAAACAAGGGAGGGAAAAAUCAUGAACGCAAAGAAAGUACAAUGAACUGUAUUAACUGUUAAAUGUUAGUGAAAAUCGCCAACCGCUAGUCGCGCUAAGCGGCGUACGGCGUUAGUAGUCCAUUUAUGCGAAUGUAUGUAAGAACCGCACGGAACGGGGAUAGGAGAAUUGAGAAAUAAAACGAAACCAAAACAAACAGACAAAAACAACCAAUAGAGAACCACACAAAAACACGGAACCGGAUGAGGUGGAAGAUAUGUAAAGCGCAUAAAGCGAGAGAAGAAAAGAACAAACAACAAAAGUGUGUGCGGAGAAGCUAAAAUCGAUCUACUUUUGUUGUACAGUAGACAAUUUUGUAUCGCAAAUCCUUAAUCUUGCACCCGAUCAACUGUUUUGUUUCAAAGGAACAAAACGAAAACGGAACCAUUUUCGGCACACCAUUGUCCGGGGCCGUGGCAUUUAUCAUUGCAAUAGUGAGUUAGCACAAUCGAGAGCCUUUCAUGUUCGAUGGGGCGCGCGGCUCGAUUUGGCAAAUCUUUGCUUUGCUGUGAACACAAACGCAACGGAGCGCCACGCAACUAUUUACACACACGAUACCACGGCUCGAUCGAAUUCGAAACGAUGCAUUAGAAAACGUACACGAAACAAACACGGAACGACGGAACUUUGCCGAUCGACGAGCAAUCUGUCUGUCUUAUUAGCGCGCGCGAGCUGAUCGAGAGCGAACUUUAUGUCCGAAGCAGAGAGGAUGGAAAUGGAAUGAGACUGAAUGUUUUUUGGAUGGAACGUUACAUACAAACCUACCAAAAAAAGAAAUAAAACAAGAAAAAUAAAGCUAAACAAACAUAAAUUUAACAAACAACAAAACUACAAACUAUAUACGCAAAUACGAGUGCAAUGCAGUGCAGUUUAAAGGGCGACACCGAACGAAACGACACGACGGUUAGCGAAAUGGGUUACCGAACCUCGUCGUGGAGAGUGCCGAACUUGUUGAAACUUACAAUCCUACGGGUUUGGCGGCGGAGUAGAAAUCGAUGGGGACUUAAUCGGGGGACAACACUAGAGACUUGGUGGGAUUGGAUAGAGUAUAUUUAAGAAUAUGGCGUAUAUAUCUAUUUAAACACGGAAAGAGAGCUGAUAGCUGCAUAUAUAUUAAUAUGAAUGUAAUCGUGUGUUUUUGCGCAAGCAGUACAAAGUCUUUACCGCGCGUAGGGCAGCGGCAGGAACAGAAAAAGGCGACGGCAAAAGGUCCAACUGUUGUUUCACACAGAGUGUUUCGUAUCAAUUGUAGAAAACAAACGAAAUCCGAACAAAACUGAAAUACCUGACAAACGUAGAGGACCCCCGCGUACACACCCGGUACACACGGAACCUGCCGCUUUCGUUUCAUCUACCCCGCGAUCUGACCAAAACAAGUGGCUAAAUGUGCGACCGGAAGGAUUGUAGUAGCGGACACAAAAUACUUAUGCUAAUGCAGUGUGCGCGACAAACUGAAAACGAGUUCACCCGGCCCGCUUUAUGUAGAUGAUAUAGAACCGGCAUCCGAAAGACUAAUUUAUGUAGUCACAAGAUUUUUAGAUUACCCACAAUGCGUUCCGUUCGGAGCCCGAUUGCAAGCCGAUCGCGUAGUAAUCGAUCAAUAGCCAUCUGAAUUCGGGUUGAAGCUACAUCAACUUUCAAUAACGAACCUAUGUUUCAAACAGAUGGAUGGCUUCACAUCCAAUAUCUGAGCGAUAAACCGUAAGCCGUAAUUUAACCGUGGCACGACGUAUUUGCAACGUAGCACGAAGGAGUUAAAGGUUCAAAACGAGCUCCUUCUCCGUAAGCCACACGUGCACCCUCGGCAAACGAUAUAACGUAGCUCUAACGUCGGUUAAUGGCAACAUCGUUUAAGCAUAAGCAGUUAAACAGCGGAUAGCAGUAAAGGGCGCCCAUGGCACACAAACCGAUUCGGCCCUUUCCGGUGCCGGUUUCUGUACUUCUUCAGUACACAUCAAAUAUUAGCGGCCACAAAUAUUACACACACACACACACACACACACAAAAUAGGGUCCUUCAAAGGAGGGAAAUAGAAGGUUGCAAUACGAAAAAUGCAAAACAAAUAGUAUGUGGCCAGGUCAACAUUAACACUGUUCGUGUAGCGAGGAGCCGCGAGAAGAAUCGUCCUGUGCAAUCUACGAAUCCGAUUGAUUCAAAUACCACGGAUCCCGAAAUAAAGUCACGAAAGCAAGUGCAAUUCGUUUUCAUUCGUAUAUUCAAUUGUUUCAAAGGCGGACAGCUAAAAUCGCGACCGGAAAUCGACACAAUUCCACACAACCACCAUUAAUCGAACUGCACUGAAAUAGUUGUAUGCAAAACACGGAAACUCGAGUGCGAAAUCGAUUCCAACGGAACAGGACAACAACACCCUCCAACAAUAGGAAUGCGCGUGUGUAGAUGGGAUGAACCAAACGGUUAAAGGUGGCUUCCGGUGGCCAGGGAGAGGUGAAUUGUUUUCUGUAAUGAUGUAGGCGCAAACGGGCGCACGCUCGUGUGUGUUGUGGCAAGACCUCCAAGCGUUAGAGGCCACACCACAGCGCGAGCUGCGAAACAAUCGAUCGAAAAGCGACAUGAUCGUGAGGCGGGCGGACUGUUUCCUCUAAGAAAAACCAACCAAAUAACCAAACUGAACGAAUCGGAACCCUUCAACGUGGUAUAACGGCUAAA